CUCUUUACCUCCUCCUGCGCGCCCAUUACAUUUUGUCCGCUGUUCGCUCUACCAUCUUCUGUGCCUUUUACAACAAGACAGCGUGUGAGAAUUUCCUCAAGAUGGCAAACAGGGGCUACGAUGUCGUCGUCGACGUCGACACGGAGGGUGACCUGGGCCACACCGACCUCCAAGAUGACGACCUGGAAUUCCACCCGUCGAACUUCGAAAGCAAUCCGGCCAGCCGCAAGAUCCAACCAGACUCGACACCUUUCCUCGCCAACAGCGCGACGAACCCUGCGACGCUCCCCAACGAUCCUUCGGCGGUGCCCCCGAAACACAUGCUCUGGUCGCUGUCGUUUUACGCGCAAUUCUUCGACGUCGACACGUCCACGGUCUUGUACCGGUGCCGUAGGGCCAUCCUCCCUUUCCUCCCCAACCAGCAGCCCUUUCUCGACACCUUGGACGGGAACCCCGACCUGUACGGUCCGUUCUGGAUCGCCACGACCGUGGUGGUCAUCCUCUUCCUCACGGGAACUAUAAGCCACAAGCUCGCCUCGGAAGGCCGGAAGCAUUUCGAGUACGACUUCCGCCUUCUCGGCGGCGCGGCUGGUUUGGUGUAUGGCUACACGGCGUUCGUCCCUCUGGGUCUGUGGGCGGCUCUGCGCUGGUUCGGCGCACAGUCCCUCGACCUGGUCGAGUGUUGGGCUCUGUACGGAUAUAGCAAUCUGUUCUGGAUCGCCGUCGCCCUGGUUUCAUGGUCGCCGCUCAACGGCCUGAAUUAUGCCCUUGUCGGCCUGGGGUACGGCGUGAGCGUCUUCUUCCUGGUCAAGAAUCUCUACCCGGUGAUCGCUGCGACGGAGAAGAAGAUCAGCCAGAUCCUUUUGAUCGUCGUCGUGGCUCUCCAUGCGGGGUUGGCGAUUGCGAUCAAGAUCCUAUUCUUCAGUCACAAGAGUCCAGCAAAGGAUGUGGACGAGAACACAUUCGCACAGUUCCUGAGCUAGUGUGUCGCUUUGUACACUGAGGUUUCCAGACAUCAGAUGUAACAGACAAGAAAGAUCCGGAUGUUUUGGGUAAGGAAUUUUGACUGCAUGUACGGAUAUGGAUAGCUUAUCACUUUGAGUAUAAAAUUGUGGCGGGAGUAUUUCACGAUACGAGGGCACGGCUUGAGCCGAUUCAUAAUGUAUGAAUAACGACGUAUAUGGCAUUCGAGUGCGUAACCGUACGGUGGGAGUCAGGUUUUAGGACGUAGUAGACUUGUGGAAUCAUCUUCUGUAAUUCUUUAAAAAUAAGCGGGCACGUACAAAG